AUGGUAGCACUCUCUGUCCGACUAACCCUCCGUGAUCAGAUUAAGAGCCAUCAGAAGGGAGACCAAUUCUUUGAGUACAUCAAGGAUGAGGUUAAUACUGAGAAGCAGAAGGACUUCACAAUAGCUAGUGAUGACACGCUCUAUUUCCAAGGGCGACUGUGUGUGCCAAACUUUGAGGAACUAAGGCAAGAAAUUUUGGAAGAAGCCCACUCCAUUCCUUAUUCUGUACAUCCUGGAAAUACAAAGAUGUAUUGUGACCUAAAGGUAGUGUUUUGGUGGAUAAAUAUGAGGGAAGACAUAGCUAAAUUUGUUGAAAAAUGUUUGACAUGUCAGCAGGUGAAAGCUGAGCACCAAUGA